AUGGGUCAAGGUUAUUCUAUGACAACGCUGUCAGCAGCAUCCGCAAGCAUCGAUGUCCCAGAGCUUGCCGAUCUUGUUCAAGAAAAGACUCUAGCCUCAGCCCGUUUCAUGAAAAGUGUCAGGGCCAGAAGCCAAGAUGGGUUUGUCUUUGUGAAGGCUGUCAUGAAACCCUACUCUUCCUUUGAUGUGCGUGAGUACGUUCGCCAGAUACUGGAAGAGCGCAGCAUCAUGGCAGACAUCCCCAACACGCUCGCCUAUCAAAAAAUCGUCGAGGUCGGUAGUGCCGGCUUUUUGGUUCGCCAGUACAUGUUCAGCUCCGUUUAUGACCGCAUGAGCACUCGGCCAUUCCUUGAGGACAUCGAAAAGAAAUGGUUAGCGUUUCAGCUACUUUGCGCUGUCCGUGAUUGCCAUGCUCAGAACAUAUAUCACGGGGAUAUAAAGACCGAGAAUCUUCUUGUUACAUCCUGGAAUUGGCUUUACUUGACCGAUUUCUCCUCAUCCUUCAAACCGACAAAUCUACCAGAGGACAAUCCAGCAGAUUUUUCCUUCUACUUCGACACUUCUGCACGGAGGACUUGCUAUAUCGCUCCAGAGCGUUUCACAACCACCACUUUAGGAGACCUGCAAGGUGAAUUGAACUGGGCAAUGGACAUAUUCAGUGUUGGCUGCACCAUCGCAGAGAUCUUUCUCGAAGGACCUAUCUUCUCCCUGAGUCAGAUCUUCAAGUAUCGAUCUGGAGAGUACAGCCCGGAACAUACCCACCUCAACAAGAUCGAAGACCCAGAAAUCAGAGCGAUGAUACUCAACAUGAUCGAACUUGAUCCAGAAAAACGAUACAGUGCUGAGCAGCACUUGUCCUUUUAUCGCUCCAAGAUCUUUCCAGACUAUUUUUAUAGCUUUCUGCACCAAUACAUGUUAGAUCUCACACGACCAGCAACCACUUCUAAGCCUGUAGGAUUGGAUGCCUCACGCUUGAUUGAGUCCGAUGAUAAGAUAGAUCGGGUGUACCACGAUUUCGACAAAAUCUCAUUCUUCCUCGGCUAUGGUCCCAGCCCCAAUCAAUCAGCUUCCAAACCCUCUUCGGCAUUACGUUCGAGCAAUAGAGUCAAGUCACCCGAUGCAAAUCCUAGUUUGUAUGAUGGAAGUCUCUUGUUCCUCACCCUUGUUGUCUCGAGCUUGAGAAACACAGCGAAGGCAUCUACGAGGCUAAAAGCUUGCGACUUACUGGUGUCGUUCGCAAAGCGGCUUCCUGACGAAGCAAAACUUGACCGAAUACUCCCAUAUGUUGUUGGACUGCUCUCGGACCCAUCUGACGUCGUCAAGGCUGCAGCGAUACACGCACUGACGUCUAUUUUCGAAAUCGUUCAGACCAUCACCCCGAUCAAUGCAUAUGUCUUUCCAGAAUACGUCUUUCCAAAGCUCCGAGAAUUCAUGCUCACACCAAACAAUGCCCCAAGUGUGCUUGUCCGCUCAGCAUAUGGGUCCUGUCUGGCAUCCUUGGCUUUAUCAUCAUCCCGGAUACUUGAUAUGAUUCAUGCAAUUCGCGCGGAUGGCCGACUACCUGCUUUGCGCGCUGAGGAAUGGGCUCCAGAGACGGCUUAUCAUGGACUCUACGAUGUUGCGCGAGCCGAGUUGGUCCCACAUUUUGAAGAAGCAACCGUUGCUCUGAUCACAGAUCCCGAGCCUUCUGUCAGGAGAGCAUUACUGAGCUCAGUAUCGCGCUUAUGUAUUUUUUUCGGCAGCGCAAAAGCCAGUGAUGUAAUCCUCACACAUCUAAACACCUACCUAAAUGACAAGGAUUGGAUUCUGAGAUGCUCUUUCUUUGAGGCUCUUGUCGGGAUAGCAACUUAUGUUGGCACCUCGAGCCUGGAACAAUUCAUCCUUCCCGUCAUGGUUGGCUCAUUGACCGAUCCGGAAGUAUUCGUCGUUGAGAAAGUCUGGAGGUCACUUGCACGUAUGGCUGACCUUGGCCUGCUACAAAAGUCCGUCACCUGGGAGCUCAUCGGCAUGGCCGCACGAUUUCUGGCCCAUCCCAGCUCCUGGAUCCGUGAAAGUUCUGCGCAGUUUAUCGUUUUAUCGUGCAAGUAUGUCUCCAAAGCAGAUCAGCACUGCAUUGUCCUGCCAAUUCUCGAUCCCUUUCUGAAGACGAGAAUUACUGUCCUGACAGAAGAUCGGAUUUUGGAUAACCUGAAGAAGCCGCUUACCAAGUCCGUCUUUGAUGCAGCGAUAAGCUGGGCAUCAAGAAAGAGCAACAGCCUUUUCUGGACCGCUGCAAGCCAUGAUGGUGCUUUCACCCUCUCUGAUCCAAGCCAUCCCCAGAAUCACACCCCCCUGAACACCCGUUUGUCGACGAGAGUUAAGGCUUCGCAAAAAGACAGAGAUGACCAGUCUUCCUUGGAGAGCCUCCGAAACCUCGGCUUGGGAGCAGAUGACGAAAUCAAGCUAGUUGCGCUACGCGAGUACAUCUUGAAAGUGUCGAAGCAUAAAAACAAUCAAGAUGUGGAAGACAAAUAUCGUAUGCUGAACAAUAUCGUAUCUCUCAAUCGGAUAGAAGUGACGCCGCAAAAUAUCCUGUUUGAUCAGCGAGAUGCCUUCCGGGAUAUGCAGAGUCGUCCAAGGAAACUUGAACCGAGAUCCAGGCAGGAAGAACGUCAUAGUCUUGCAGAUGCCCUAUUGGAUGCAUCCUCAAACCUUGAAGAGCGAGCAUCGAGGCGAGUGUCACCCUCAGACACUGCAAGCGGCACCGUAACGCCUUCAGUCCUAUCUAAGCCGAUCGACAUUCAAAAUCGAGCGGGUGGUCCUCGUAAACCUGACGGCACCCCUACCUUGAACAUCGAGCGAGCAACCGGCGGAGAAUCGUCAAGACCCAGUCUAUCAAUUGACGGAAGCUCGCCACGAAGCACUAACCUGUCAUUUCGCCGGAAUACUACUCUUGAGCUUAGGCAUCGAAAUAGUGGCAUUAAUCUGAUGAAUCGUAAGGAUUCAGCGAAAGCAGAUGCAGAAAUAUCAACCACUUCCGAGACUGUUUUUGGCAAAGUCGACGGUCCCAUUCACCGGAAGAACACAGCGGGUCCAUCGGCGUUGACUGUUGCUGCAAGCAUGACAGAGCAAUCAAGAUCGGCCUCCCCGAGUCCUGGCAGAAGAACGCCUAUGAUCGACUUGAACCAUUCUUAUACGGGCAAUGACGCGAACGUCUUGAAGCUGCUUGACAAUCACUUCACGGAGAAUUUCCCCGUUGACCUCCUUGACUUUGGUCCACCACGUCCAUCUGCUGAUAGUCGAAACCCGAUAAAAAGAGUGACUGAUGUCAUACAGCAAAGCAGCAGUAAAGCAGUUCAACAAGAGCUCAAGUUCCAAACGGAGCCUUGGCGUCCUACUGGUCAACUAAUGACAGUCUUCCGCGAGCAUACUGCCGCUAUCAGCCGAGUUUGUGCAGCACCUGAUCACGCUUUCUUUGUUACAGCUUCUGAAGACGGCACUUGCAAGAUCUGGGAUACCAUCAGAUUAGAGAAAAACGUCACGCCCCGAUCAAGAUAUACUCAUAAGCAUGCAGAUGGAGCAAAGGUUAAAAGCUUGUGCUUCGUCGAGGGCACCCAUACAUUCCUCAGUGGUGCGGAUGAUGGAAGUAUCCAUGCCGUUAGGAUCGAGUACAAGAGUGUUGAAGGAGGCGAAAGUUCGAGGUAUGGCAAACCCAUACUCGUACGUGACUAUCAGAUUCCUCUCAAUAAGAAGACUGAAGAAGCCUUGGGGCCACAUGGAACUGCUCCAGAGCCUGAAUAUGCAGUUUGGCUUCAUCACUACCGAACCGCAAACACACAAUCAGUCUUGCUUGCGGCAACAAACAAAUGCCGCAUUCUUGUGAUUGACAUGAAAAAUAUGGAGAUAAUCCACACCAUGAAUAACCCAGUCCAACAUGGAACUCCAACGACAUUCUGUGUGGACAAGAAACAUCACUGGCUCUUGCUUGGUACCAGUCAUGGCAUUCUUGAUCUAUGGGACUUGAGAUUUAAGCUUCAGCUCCGCAGUAUUGGCAUACAGACGAACUCCAGGGUUGACCGCAUUCUUAUUCAUCCGACUAAAGGCCAUGGCAGAUGGGUUAUGGUGAGUGCUGGGGGCGAGGUCACUGUCUGGGAUAUCGAGAAGCUCGCCUGUCGUGAGGUGUUGCGAACGAGCACGUUCGUUGUCUCCAGCAAUACUGCUCCUCGCCCAUACGAGACGUACUCACCAGACGAGGAAGUUGGGGAGAAGAUAAUAGCCAGGUUUUCUCGAGAUAUUGACGCAAGUUUGAACCCGAAAGUUACGUCUCUGCCAGACCACAAUGAAGCAUCUGGUACCUCUCCACUCAACAAGAACUCAUUAGCGACAACGCCCACGUCAUUGGAAUCACUUCCAAUCCCAGCGAUGCAUAUCCUGCAUGACUAUUUACAAAACUCUUCGCAACCAGAUAACCCUAAUAAAGCUGCUCUCUUGUUCACAGGGGGCGCCGAUCGAGGUCUCCGCUACUGGGACAUAGCUCAUCCCGAAAAGAGUUUCAUCGUAUCCGGUCCGAUGAUCUACAACGAUGAGGGCAAGAUAGUCCACCCAAAAUACGGGGUCACUCACCCAUUAUCUCUCAAUGCCGGUGCCCAAAUUGCACUGAUUGAAGAGCAAUUCCCGGAAGACCAAACAAACCCCGCUAUCAUUGGUAGUGCAAGAGGCGCAGGUCCAGGCACCAGUACGCCGAAAAAGUCAUCUCGUCGCAUUCAUUCCGGCCAAGCUAGUCCAGCAAUGUCUGAAAGAACAGCCACACCGUCUUCCACACCGUCUGGAGGGACAGCUGCGAAGCAAUAUGCCCGUCAGAACCCGGUGUCGAAACCGCCACGGAAUACUAUUAUUAGUGCGAGCCAGCAGCAUGCUAUACGUACACAUCUAGAUGCUAUUACAGACGUGAUAGUGUUGAAGAAGCCUUAUGGAUGUGUGGUCAGUGUCGAUAGAGGUGGGAAUGUUUUCAUCUUUCAUUGA